AUGCCUAGCGACUACACCCUGGAACGCACCCAUGGUCAGGAGUCGGUGUUAAUUCACGCCGCUGAUCUGUAUCUCCUGGAAGAAUGGCAGAAUGACUUUACUAUCUCAGACGAUGCCCAACGCUCGGCAAUAUUCAGCAAGUGGCUAGAUAUUGGCUCGCAUGGUCGUAUGGAUUGGAAGCCAUAUGUUGAAAGACUAGAGGAUAUGUCCUCGAACGACGAUGAUAUUACAGAUGACGAAAAAUAUCUCAUCGCCCGUGUCCGCCAUCCUUCAGACCGACAGGAUAUCAGCUAUUCACGUGUCGUCCGCACUUUCUACGGUGAAGGCUCAGCCGAAAAGCUUGCGGAGCUCGCCGAGGAGGCUGAGUUUGAUCAAACCACCUUCGAUAAUGCCGAACUUUACGAUGCUGGGUCGAAUGACGGCUUACAGUCGCUACAUGAUAUUCUGACCCGUAUCCCACAGAUCAUUGAAGAGGUGCCCCUUGUUGCCAUUCAGCGUGUCGAGAACAUGCAAGAAACCCGAAAGGAGGCUAUCGAGCACCCGGAAUUUGGCAGUGAAUAUCAUAAAGAGAUGUUUCACAAAGCGGCCAAAUGGGAUCAUGUUCUCAUCUACGAUAAAGAAGCAAAUGAUGAGGGAGACGUGCUGCUGGUGUACUUCGAUGAUCGCGGCCGGGUCAUACGCUACGGUCGGGUGUAUGGAGCUGAGGAUUGGCAGGCUGCUGACGGUAUGCUAUGGUCAGGCCAGGAUCUCAUGCAUAGAUGGUGGGACACCGGUGACUACGGAGAAGACUGGAAGCCCGAUCAAUUUGAUAAGCGAUGGGCCGAGUUUGAAAAUGAGGACUGGGAGUGA